GUGGUGCCAGGACAUCCAAGCUCCAAGGAUCCACGACCUAUGCCUGUGGACCGCGCAGCUGACUAUGCGUCAGAUGUCGCAGAAGCGCAGCAGCUGCUGAGGCAAAGCUUCAGAGGCCUCGUGGCCAAAGCGGUGGAGCUGAAUGCCAAGUCCUUCUGCUGCCCUGCGAUCGGUUCUGGCAUCCGAGGCUUUCCGGCUUCCUUCGUGGCCAAGGAGGGGCUUCACCUCCUCGUGCCCCAGGCUGAGGGCAGCAUUGCCCAAGAGGUGCCGUAUGUCGAGGUGCGAUUCUGGGACCACCACGUCCUGAAUGCAUGGACACUUGAGGCAUGUCAACGAAAGCUGGAAGAAUGUGAGGAGCUCGAGGCCUCUUGACGGACAUUAUGGAGGUGAAAACUCAUGUCAAGACUGGUCUUUGCAGGUUAUGAAUGAGCUGUGGGAAGGAGAUACCUUGGCAAAGUGGACCCAGAAGAAGCGGGAGGAAAGGAAGGAAGGAAGGAAGGAAGGAAGGACGUGUUACACUUACUGCGCUCACCUCUGUUUCUCAAUUCAUGGGCUGCCGGUCCAGGAGUCGUUUCGCAUGUGUCCAUUUGCGUUCCUACGGACAAGACAGGGGUAGGCGGCUUGAUUUUUGUCGCUUGUCUUUGCAGAAAGCCAGGCUGAAGACUCAUUCUGCAACAUCACCUAAAGCGGGAGAUCCUUCUGAACUUUGUCCAACCGCACAUGCGCUCGCGCCACUCUCCGGAAGCUUCUGUUGCCCCGCGCUGGCAGGAGGAACUGACAA